AUGUCCCAAAAAACCGACUCUGAAAGUGACAUUUGGGAUUAUAAACCUCGCGUCAAGAAAAAGAAAACACGUGAGGCGUCGUCGUCUGCGUGUGGGAAGGCGGCCAGAAGAAAAUGCAGCACGGAGACAAAAUCCGUCCGUACCAAUGGACAAUGUGACGCCAGCUCGUCAUUCCAAAAUGUUGACAAUGAAACCAAGGACGAUUUUUGUCCUAUUUGCCAGAUGCCAUUCUCAGUCUUGUUGGGGCAGUCGCAAAGAUGGCAUGUUUCGGAAUGUCUGGACACGCAAAGGGAUACUUGUCAAGAAUGUCCUGACGGGUCCAAGUGCUCGUCGUCCAUUCCGAGCCACUACAACAAGUUCAAACACACUCAAAUGGCCCACGCUCGCGCCACCGGCCUCCCCGUGCCGUUACUCUCGCAUUGCAACGAACGUUCUACCUUAAAUGAACACGUGGACCCAUCGCCGCCAUUGUCGACGCCGUCCCAAACUAGAAACGGUCUUCUGCUAUUGCGCUCGCCCGGACCGGAGGAUAUGAAGAAGAAGAAAGGCUGGUCUCCCAGCGGACGUUCUUCCGUUACAUCCUCGCAGGAAAGCGUAAAGACGCCCUUGACUACCUGCCGCAUUUCAGAGCAAAGCCAAGCGUCUCCCGACGUCAACAACGGGAUAUCCUAUUCUCCUCUUUCGGAGAUUCCCGCCGAGAUCCGAGGAUCUGAAGACGAAGACUCCCUUCUUCUCUUCGGCGAGGAUGAACUGUUCCCGGACGUGACUGAUUGCCUCGAAGACGCCGUCCGAGCGGAGAACCUUCCAUCCGCCCAGAGCAAAGUGCUGGAACUUUUAAAGGAAAGCCUUCCUUUCGUAGCGCCUCCUCAGAUAGAGGCACCUCCUCGAACAGAGGUGCCUCGAAGCAACGGACUCAAGCAGACGGACAUCGGCGUAUUUUUUGGCCUCAAGCCGCUGAAGUGUGACGUUUCGGAGUCCGGUGUCGCGGCGAGCCGGGCUUCUUCGAGAGGGCGACGGAAGACGAACGAAGGCGCGAGGGAACAAGACAACAAGGGUGAAAAGGCGGAAGAGGAGGAGACCAAGAACAAACGUUGGAAGAGAAACGGCUACGGUCAACGAGAACAACAACGACGGUGUCCUUUCUACAAAAAAAUUCCAGGCACGACGUUCGCCAUCGACGCCUUCUGCUACGGCACCGUCGAAGGCGUCACCGCUUACUUCCUGACUCAUUUCCAUUCGGACCACUACGGCGGCCUCACCAGAAAUUCCACGUUUCCCAUCUACUGCAACGAAAUGACGGGAAAGCUGGUAAAGAGCAAGUUGAAGGUGGACGAGCGCUUUGUGCACCAACUGCCCAUGAACACCAAAGUCACCGUGGACGGCACGCAAGUGGUCCUUCUCGACGCCAACCACUGUCCCGGAGCGGCCAUGUUGUUGUUCUUCCUGUCCAACGGACAGACUGUUCUCCACACGGGCGAUUUCCGAGCCGAUCCCGGCAUGGAGGCUUACCCGGAGCUGCUGGGCCGCCGAGUGCACACGCUGUACCUGGACACCACGUAUUGCUCCCCGGAGUACGUCUUCCCAGGACAACAAGAAGUCAUCGAGUUUGCCGCUAGCACCGCUUUUGAGACGGCGACGCUGCACCCUCGUACCUUGGUUGUAUGCGGCUCCUACUCGGUGGGAAAGGAAAAAAUCUUCUUGGCCUUGGCAGAGGUUUUGGGCUGCAAAGUGUGCGUGUCGCGAGACAAAUACGACACCAUGCGCUGUCUGGAUUCUGAAAGCGUAGAACGACGUUUCACCACAGACUGGAAGGCGACGCGGCUCCACGUGCUUCCUAUGAUGCAACUCAACAUAGCAAAGCUGCAGGCGCACCUGAGGAAGUUUUCGGGCCAGUACGAUCGUCUGCUGGCCUUCAAGCCCACCGGCUGGAGCUUCAGCCAGCAGACGGCGUCGCUCUUAGACAUCCGUCCCACCGUCAGCGACGACGUCUCCAUUUACGGCAUUCCGUACAGCGAGCACAGCAGCUUCGCCGAGCUGAAGCGUUUCGUCAAGUGGCUGCGUCCGCUCAAGAUCAUCCCCACGGUGAACAACGGCAGCCGGGCCGCCAGAAUGGCCAUGGAGAAGCAUUUCGGACAGUGGCUAACCACCGCCGACUCCGCUUAG